AUGUCAGUAACAGGUUGUGUUUAUAUGAUUUCCGAAAUACUGACCAAAUAUGAAAAAAAUCCAGUGGUUGUGAGUUUUGCGACCAAAGACACACCCAACUAUGAAAUACCUUUUCCAUCUGUUACUAUUUGUCCAGAGUCUAAAUUUCAAGGUAGUAAAUUUAAUUACACCGAUAUGUUUUAUAAACGCAUUCUUAGAAAGAAACCGCUCUCUAGUGAGGAUGUUAAACAUUUUGGCUACAUGACUGUAUUGUGUAACAACGAUUCUCCAAUGGUAACACUUUACGCCAACGAUACUGUAGAGGAAGACUUUUUUAGUGUUAUUGAAGAUUUAAAGCCUGAUGACGAAAUAUUCUGUUCAUUCAUGGAUUCUGACAGUGCUUGUGUAAAUUACGUUACACAUAUUAUAACGGACCAAGGCAUUUGUUACUCUUUUAAUAUCCUUGACAGAAACCAUAUAUACAGAGAAAAUAUAUCUCACUACAAAGAUUACCACACCAUUGCUAAUACGUCUGUUGAUUAUGACGGAGACUUAGGUUAUAAAAAAACAGCAGGCGUUAACACAUAUCCUGUAAGAGCUUUAGCAUCAGGGGCUGACAAUUCUUUAACAUUAAUUUUUGUACAUCGAUCUCUAAACAAUGACUACAUCUGUAACCAAUUUUUGAAUGGAUUUAGGAUAUCCCUUCAUAGUCCAAGAGAUGUACCAAGACUUUCACAAUCGUACUUUCGUGUACCUCUUAAUAAAGCAGUGACUGCUGCUGUGAAGCCAGAGUUAACACUAAUUUCCCCAGCUGUUAAAUCUCUUCGUCCUGAAACACGUAACUGUUAUCUACAAAACGAAAGACCUCUACAAUAUUUCAAAUUAUACACCCAGUCAAACUGCUUACUUGAGUGCCUUACAAAUUAUACCCUCAAGAAAUGUGGGUGCGUCCAGUACUUUAUGCCACGUGUUAACGACACCAAAAUUUGUGGAGCGGGAAAGAUACCUUGCGUGAAAAAAGCGCAAAUUCAGCUAAAGAUCGAAGAGUUGGAAAAUAAAAUUACAGAAAAAAUGCGUCCAGAAGAAACCUUUUGUGAUUGUAAACCAUCAUGUACUAGUUUGCGUUAUGAUGUAGAAAUUUCCCUAACCGACAAUUCAUGGAAAGAAUUUGCUAUGGUAUCACAAGAAUACAACGAGUUUAGUAAUAUUAACACAACUGAACCACCUCCCCACAGAGGGAGCUGGCGCUUGAGCACCGCCGCUCCCGACCGAAGGCGCCACCCCCGGUGGCGUGAAAAUGACCGCAAAAGCAUAGGUCGGCCAGACGUGUUUCUGUUCAGCGACACUAGUCGACCCAAGUCUUGGCACCGAGGCACGCCACCCCCAUGCGUUAUCGGCGAAAUUCGGGACCGUCACCGGAAUUUCGUGGCAAAUUUAUUUUUUUCUUAUUUGGUUAUGAAGAACGCUUCCAUCUGGGCAUUUUGUGGAUACAAAAACGUUACCAAGAUCGAUGGAACACCUAACACCGCAGAAUACUGCGGGACCAUCAAGCGAGAGAUCUCCAAUGAAAUCCAUAGGAGGCAAGCGAAAAAACGUCGGUCUUAG